AUGUUGAAAAGAAUAUUGAAUAUAUGGAAGACAUUAAGAUUACCCUGGAGAAGACAAAUAUUAGUCGGUAGUGAUUUAUUUGGUAAUGAAUAUUAUGAAAGCAUUAAACCAAUAAUGGAUAACGGUAGAACUAAACGAAUUGUUUAUAUGAAGAAAAAAGGCAUUAUUAGUGAUUAUAUUGUAGAAGAUAUACCAGAAUUAAUAUUGAGUAGAGCAAAGAAAUUAGAUAAAGAAUGGGAAGAAUCAAAAAAUAAAAGAUCUUCCCUAUUAGCUAAUAAAGAUUCCAAGAAACCUUUGAUACCUAGCGAUGAUUAUAAACCUGAAGGAUGGACACCGCCAUCCAAAUCAUCAAAAUCAAAUAAUUAA